GGCAAGACUUGUAUUUCUGUAUAUGCCAACUGUUCGAUGGACGAACAGAAUAGGCAACAAGCAGCAACAAGUACCCGGAAUUCAAGUUUUACGUGACGUUUGUUCACUUUAUUCGUAAUUCGUUUCGUAUUACUGUCAGUUACUGCGACAUUUUCUUAAAAAAGACAGUUGUAGGGCUACUUCAAAAUGGGGAAACGCCAACAUCAGAAGGAUAAGAUGUACUUAACGUACACGGAGUGGACGACGUUGUACGGCGGAAGAAAAUCGGGAACGAAUCUGGAAACGAGCGAGGAGAAGACGUUCAGGCGGUUGCCGUAUGAUCAUUGUUGCUUGUCUCUUCAGCCCUUCGAGUACCCUUAUUGCGACCUGCAUGGCAACGUGUUUGAGCUAGAGGCUAUUUUGCAAUACAUAAAACAGUAUAAGCACAAUCCCAUAACAGGGAAACCACUGGACGCCAAGAGCCUAGUCAAACUGAAUUUUUAUAAGAAUUCGCAAGAUGAAUACCAGUGCCCUGUUCUUUUCAAAUUAUUUACAAAACAUUCACAUAUUGUUGCUAUUAAAACUACAGGAAAUGUAUUCUCCUAUGAGGCUGUUGAACAGUUGAACAUAAAAACUAGGAAUUGGAAAGAUUUGAUGAGCGAUCAGCCAUUUACUCGCAAGGACAUUAUUACAAUUCAGGAUCCAAAUAACGCAAUGAAAUUCAAUCUGUCGACAUUCCAUCAUAUUAAAAAUAACAUAAGAGUGGAAGACGAAGAGACAGUGAAAGAGAGGAAUAAUCCAAACGCAAAGUUAAAAACCGUAUCGGCAGAGACCAAGGAGAUCCUGAUUGAAUUGGAAAGAGACUACAAACCGGCAAAGAGUAGCGAGAAAGAUGAGUCAUCUGCACAGAAGGCUGACAAAUUUAACGCUGCACAUUAUUCCACUGGCGCGGUUGCUGCAGGAUUCACUUCAACGAUAAUGCCGGCAGAAACUACACAUCAGGCAGCUGUAAUUGCAGAAGAUUUAGUGCGAUACGAGAGAGUUAAGAAGAAAGGAUAUGUAAGAUUAUUCACGAACUUCGGGACUUUGAAUCUGGAACUUCAUUGUGAUCUGAUUUCGAAAACCUGUGAAAACUUCAUAAAACACUGCCAGAAUGGUUAUUACGACGGUACAAAGUUUCAUAGGUCGAUACGAAAUUUUAUGAUCCAGGGCGGUGAUCCAACCAAUACGGGUAACGGCGGCAAGUCCAUUUGGGGCAAACCGUUCGAGGACGAGUUCAAGUCGAAUCUGGUUCAUCAAGGUAGGGGUAUUCUGUCCAUGGCAAACUCGGGGCCAAACACCAACGGAUCCCAAUUUUUCAUCACAUUUCGAUCGUGCAGACACCUCGAUCGCAAACACACAGUCUUUGGGAAGAUCGUUGGAGGUCUGGACACGUUAAACGCGAUGGAGAAGGUAGAGGUGGACAAUAAAGACCGACCGAUAGAAGAUAUAGUCAUACAGGAUGUCCAGGUUUUCGUGGAUCCUUUCCAGGAAGCUGAUGAUCAGCUCGCCGCGGAACGAAUUGCCGAGGCGGAACGAUUGUCUCAAGAAGCGAGUCAGAACAAAUCGGCCGACAAAAAGAAUGAUACUCAGAAGGUCUACCGAUCGGGCAUAGGAAAAUAUGUGAAAUUGGAGCAGGAAAAAUUGGACAAAUGGGAGGGGAACUCGGAGCCUGUGACAAAGAAGAAGAAAGUCUCAUCACAGUCAUAUGGAGAUUUCUCCUCCUUCAACUUCUAAUAAAUUUAUUAGAAUAAUUAGAAUAUCAAAUGUAUAUAGCACAUGUACAUAGUCUAGUUUAUUAUACAUAUAACUUUCCUGGCAAUUUGCCAUACGUAAAGCCUCUGACAUAUUCGAGUUCUUAUUGAAGAGCCAAAAAACGGAAAUCAAACAUAGUUGCUGAUGAAAAAUGGUAAGGAACAUUGAAUAUUAUGUUACAUAUAUAAAUAUGCGAUUCCCUCGAUUAUUAAAAA